UCACAGCCCGGAAUUGCGACGCUUUUGUUUUGUUUUGGUUUAGACUUUUUUAGUUGGACUGUGAGGGCGACAUGCGGCCGGCUGGGACCGGGACAAACAUAAGAAAGCGAAGCCGAACACGGAAUAAACGGGGGGGGGAAGAAACUGACCGGUGAUGGACGAUGACGCUCCGAUUCAUCACAAAAAGCCGACUUUCACCGACGACAAGAUGAAAGCGUCCAGCGACCCUCCGGCCGGAAGUAGCAGAGUCGAACUGUCGCUGCGGAAUUUGGACAUACGCCGUGCGAGCAAGGUCAACUUAUCUCGGGCCGCGGAAGAAGACGAGGAUGCGGAGGACAACAACAACAACAAUUGCAACGGUGCGGCCAGGGGGGCGGGCAUCGUGGAGCUCCUUAGGGGGAGUCUGCUGGCAUGGACGUCUCCUCUUGACCGCACCGGCACAGACGGUCGGAUGCCGGACGCCUCUGAGGGAGUCCUCGGUGACGCAACCGCCGCUUGCGACGUCUCAAGCGGCUACGACGGCGAGCAGGAGCCGCACGGGAAACAGGAACAAGCCGGAGUUGAAAACGAGCCUUCCUCUGCUGCUGUAAACGCUUCGAGCACUGGAGGGUUUGAUCUAGUUUCACUUUUAAAUCGAAGUGGGAAUAAUCUCAGCGUGGGUGACUCUUCCAGCGUCACGGAGCACGUCUAUUGCGCCGUCUACUGCAUAGCUAACGACAGCGACGUUGUUGGUUUCGAACACCCAGACGACACGAUCAUUAUAGCCGAACAAGACGCUGACAGUUCUGGGAACGAACUGGUUCUGCACACCACUGAGGACCUAGUGGACCCCUUGCGUGGAUCCGCCCGGCGGCUGUCAACACUGCAGACGGGUGCCCACGCAGCCCAAGUACAGCCGUGCCGGGUGUGCCUGGAGGAGAAAACAAUUGCACCCUUGCCCUGCUGCAGGAAGCCGGUGUGUGAUGACUGCCUGACCGUGUACGUCCGCUCCCAGGUGCAAGAGGCCAAGACUUCCAUCCGCUGCCCUAUCUCGGAGUGCAGCGGCCUGCUGGAGGACGCCCUGGUGGUGUCCUUCCUGGACAAAGAGGAGGUGCUCAGGUAUCGCUACUUCAAGGAGCUAAGUCUUCUGGAUUCCAGCACCAAGCCCUGCCCGCGCUGUAAACAAUUUACCUCGCUCACGGUGCCCAGCCCCAUCCGCUCUGAGCACAAGUACAAGAUCAAGUGCAGCAACUGCCAGUUUGUGUGGUGCUUCAGGUGUCACGCACCCUGGCACCACAGAGUCAAAUGCCGCGACUACCGCAAAGGCGACACGCUACUGAAAAAAUGGGCGAGCGCCAUCGAGCGCGGCCAAAGAAACGCCCAGAAGUGUCCUAAGUGCAAGGUCCACAUCCAACGCACGGAGGGAUGUGAUCACAUGAUAUGUGGACAGUGCUACACUAAUUUCUGCUACCGCUGCGGCGAGCGAUUCCAUCGACUCAAGUUUUUCGGGGAUCACUCCUCCAACCUCAGCGUUUUCGGCUGCAAAUAUGGAUAUCUGCCCAAUAACCCACAUCUACGGCGGCUAAUAAGAGGAUCCAUCUGCGGCCUGAAGGUGCUGGUCGCUCCAGUGGUCAUCUCACUGGUCCUGGUCUUUGGCGCUCUGGCACUGGUCAUAGGUGUGAUAGGGUUUCCCAUCUACUAUGUGUGCAAGAAGAGAAAGAAGCAGCGCUUUACAGCUAUAUCUUUUUCGACUGCCUGACGCCGGGUGCACCACAGGAGCAUCUCUUCAGGGUCAUCCAAGUUCCCUGGACCACCACUCACAAACAAGACCAGGAAUGGGAUAUUGCACUUUUGCACUUUUUUUUCCCAAAUCCACGCUUGACAUUCAUUUAAUCAAACUGAGGAGAAUCAGGUUUGUUGCCACCUGCACGAUUGAUCUACGAUUGGCUGACAUUUGGAUGAGGUGGGACUGUGUUGAGAAGAAAUGAGCACCCCGGAGAGAAGACUGGAGGUAUGACAAGGAACAAAAAUAUCCACAUUAUAGUGAACAGUAAUUUAUGCAACAGUUGAAACUACUGUGUGUGUGUAAGUGUGCAUGCCCACACCCUGCAUGUCAGCACGUGUGCAUCCUCAUCAAAAACAAAACCAAGGUGUCGGCCUGUCGUGUUGUGCCAAAACAAACCUGCCUAAAUGUGUUGCGCUAAAUCUGCUCCCGUUUUACUUUUACUUAUCUGUAGCAGGAUGCUCAUGUCCAAAUGUUUUUUCUUAUUGCCAAAGAAUGCUGGAAGCUUUUAACCUUCCCUAUCAAGCCACACACUUUAACACAUUCUAGUAACAUAAAAGACGUCAUGUCUGUCUCGCUGAACACGCCAUUGUCCUCAAACAUGAAAAUCCACCGCUCUAUAUUUGGAAACGCGUGUGUGAAAUAUGGAGGAAAUAAAAUUCCACGGUAUUCACUAUUGACUUCCGUGUAGAAAAGGCUAAAUGUGCCCAAGAAUAUGAGGGCCACACUGAAAAAAAGCUAUAAAAAUGUUGUUCCCGAUGUUUUAUGAUUUUUAUUAAAACAGUGCCGCAAAGUGGUGAAAGAGACAUGAUACAAAGGAAACGAAUCGGAAAAUGAUGAAGAAAUGUUCGAAUGAAGUCGAGAUAGUAUGAGAAAUUACAAAACUGCUAAAAAAAAAAAAGGUAAUAUUCCAAAGACUGCACCUGGGGAUAGGUUGAUUGGCAACACUAAAUUAGCCCUAGUGUGUGAAUGUUGUCUGUCCAUCUGUGUUGGCCCUGCGAUGAGGUGGCGACUUGUCCAGGGUGUACUCCGCCUUCCGCCCGAUUGUAGCUGAGAUAGGCACCAGCGCCCCCCGCGAUCCCAAAGGGAAUAAGCGAUAGAAAAUGGAUGGACGGGUUCCCCAAAAAAUGUAUUAUAGUGUUGAAACAAAUUAUUCAUAUUGCAAUAUUAAGUUGUAAUGCAAUGAGUAUGUUGUAAAGUGUUAAUGUUACGGGAAUAAAGGUUGGUUACAAGAAUAAAGUCCUGAUAUUACAAGAGUAAAAGUUGGUUAUGUUGGAAUAAAGAAUGUGACAAAUGUGUUAAGAAAGUCACGUUGCAAAGAAAUUAAGUUGUAAUACAAAGAAUACGUAUGGAUUCUGAUAAAAUAGUUUAAUGUUAAAUGUAUUAUAUUGUGAUUUUUUUUCUCCAUUUAAAACACUUUCAAGUGUUCUGCAUAUCAUGUAAUAGUGGUUCUUUGGUCAAAAUCCUGCAUGGAUUAUGUCUAGAGAAAGUUUUCAAGCCGUUUUCUCUUCAGGAUAUGCCAUUUUGUGGGUGGUGUUUUACAUGCCUCCACUUUGACUGCAUCUUCUCCCCGCCAGCCGUGUUGUAGUUUUUAGCGCUUCCACAUGGAGUCUGCUGACAGAUAUAAUUUAAGACUAUACGCUACUUUGCAUUAGAAACGGCAAUAGCUGAGGAUGCAUGUGCAUGUACGAGCCAGUCUGCCCCACAAGAGGGUAGAGAAAAAGAAAGAACUCGUUGACUACAGUGCGGACUACAAUGGCGGAGUCGCGCAUAGCUCUUCGAGUAAAUAUACCAUAUAUGAAUAUGUCCGCUGAUGUCACCGGUGUUAAAAACGGCACAAAGUGGGAAAAUUCCAAACGGCUUGUUAAGAGGAAGUAUGAAGAAAGGAAGGCAAAAUUGUUUCUUACAAUUUCUCUGUUUUAAAAUUAACGAGACUUAAGCAGAUCCCAAAUACACAAAAACAGAUAUCAAUAGGUAGGAAAAGUUACUUUUACAUAAUAUUGCCCCUUUAAGUAAAACAUUCGGGAGAAAUAUGUUACAAAAAAGAUGCAAUCCUUUAAUAAAGUUGUAAUAGUCGGGUUCAAAAGGUACUUAUGUUAAAAUAGAUUUGUUAUCUUGGGAUAAUAUAGUCAGAAUGUUACAAAAGAGGUAGUGGUUUUACAAGAAUAUAGUCGUAAUAUUACGGGGGGGAAAGGUUUGUUACAAAAUAGUCUUUUUUGCGAGGUAACGAUGGAAUAAUGUUGUCAUGUUGCAAGAAUUAUUUUGUAAUACAAAGAAUAACUUGGAAUGUGAGAAAAAUAUUUGAUAAUUAAUGGUAGGUCAGAUCAGGAAAAAUAUGUUGGAAUAAAGAGAUGCAAUAUUUUAAUAAAGUUGUAAUCUUACGAGAAAAAAAGUUUAAAUACUAAAAUGUAGUUGCAGACUUGCGAUAAUAUAUAGUCGUAUUGUUACAAAAUUAUUUGUGUUACAAUAAUAUAGUCGUAAUAUUAUUAGAAGGAAAAAAGGUGGUUGCAAGAAUAAAUUCCUGAUAUUGUAGUCCACAUUUUUCGAGAAGAAAAGUUGGUAACAAUGGAAAAAAGUUGUGAUACAAAGAAUAAGGUCAAAUGUGACAAAAAUAAGUAAGUUGAGUUAAAAAAAAAUCAAUUAACUAAUCGGUAAAAAAUACAUUUGAAUAUAAUGAUGCAGUCCUUCAAUAACCUUGGCAUGUUACGAAAAUAAAGUUAUAAUAUUCAGGGGGCGGAAAGUUGUAAUAGUUAAAGUUAAAGUACCAAUGAUUGUUUCACACACACUAGGUGUGGUGAGAUUAUCCUCUGCAUUUGACCCAUCACCCUCACCCCCUGGGAGGUGAGGAGAGCAGUGAGCAGCAGCAGUGGACGCGCCCGGGAAUAAUUUUUUGUUGAUUUAACCCCCAAUUCCGACCCUUGAUGCUGAGUGUCAAGCAGGGAGGUAAUGGCUCCCAUUUUUGCAGUCUUUGGUAUGACUCGGCUGGGGUUUGAACUAUCAACCUACCCAUCUCAGGGCGGACACUCUAACUACUAGGCCACUGAGCAGUAAAACUGAGUUGUGAUCUUUCAAUAAUAUAGUCAUAGUAUUUUCAUAAAAAAUAGUCAUAAUUUUAGGAGAUAAAGUUAUGAGGGAAUAAAGCCAAGGUAAAGUUAUCAAGUUACAAAAACAUUCUGACAUCACAAGAUUAAACAGUAUUUGUAAUAUGAAUAAAAAGUUACAAGGAUCUCUGGUUACAUUACGAUUAAAGUUUGUCUACGCUCAUACUAUGACUUUAAUCUUGUAUCAUUUUUCUGUUUAUCUCGUAAUUUCGUUUGAAAAAAUAAGACAAUUUUUUGUACAUUAUUCCCAUAAUUCCUGUUUUGUUGAUAUUUGUGUCAUUUCCCAUUGUGGCCCUCAUGCUGUUUAUCAGACCUUUUUUUUAUAGGAAUAAGUUCAGUGUCAUGUCAAUUUGAAUGAAGGCUGCUGGUUUCUAUUGGCUGGAUGUUACCUUUUGACCGAUUUUAGUUACAUAAUGUUUCAAGUGUGCCUUAUAGCCCCCAACACUGAUGCAAGGCAUCAAUUUGUUGAUCAUGUGACACCAUUAUUAAAUAUAGGGUUAAUAUUGACUAUUAUUCACUUCACAGGGUAAAUUUGAAUAUUCAUAGCAUUCAGUUGUGCUGACUCUAUUAAUACAAUCCAUGGUCCCAGCUGCAACCCAAGUAUGUAUAAUUGUACUUUUGCACAUAUUAUUGACAUGCACGUUACAGGAACCUGGACACUUCCAAGUAGAUGAAUGUAAACGUACUAGAUUGUGGUCAGGAUACUACACAUUGGACACUUUCUUCCUCUAAUUUGGGGUGUGCUGAAGAGUGUUUGAAAUGUGGAUGGAGAACUAAUAAAGUGAAGUUUGUCACUCGU